UCGAAGGUCGAAGGUCGAAGGUUCAGACAAAUUCUCGAAAACCCUAAUCUUCCCCUCCAGAUUCCAGUUCAUUACUCGUCACCAUGUCGAGAAGGAAGACUAGAGAGCCUAAGGAGGAAACUGUCACCCUUGGCCCUGCUGUUCGUGAAGGAGAGCAUGUCUUUGGUGUCGCUCACAUUUUUGCUUCGUUUAAUGACACUUUUAUUCAUGUGACCGAUCUAUCUGGUAGGGAAACACUUGUCCGCAUCACUGGUGGUAUGAAGGUGAAAGCUGAUAGAGAUGAAUCAUCUCCUUAUGCUGCCAUGCUUGCUGCACAGGACGUUUCUCAAAGAUGCAAGGAACUUGGCAUUACUGCUUUGCACAUAAAGCUUCGGGCUACCGGUGGUAACAAAACCAAAACUCCUGGUCCUGGUGCUCAAUCGGCUCUAAGGGCCCUUGCUCGUUCAGGCAUGCGAAUUGGCCGUAUAGAGGAUGUAACUCCAAUCCCGACGGACAGCACUCGAAGAAAGGGAGGCAGGAGAGGAAGAAGGUUGUAAUUCCUAGACCCCUUCCAAAUUUUCCUUCUCUUAUGGUGGAUGUGAUGGCAGUUGAAUACCAUAGUUUUGAAGAAAUUGGAUAUCUGCUAAAUUGCGACGAUUAUUGAUGUUCUGGUUAUUGCUUCUAUCAACAUUUUUGCCAUUUUGAUUCAUGGAUCUUCGAAGACAAGGAGUAUAGCACACUUUUUGCUGCCUUUUGUUAAUUUGAUGAUUGAUAUCCAAUUUCUCGCUCAAACAAA